AGAAAAAACUGUUUCAUCAUUCUGCCCUAAAGAGCAGUGCAAGUUGACGGUAGUAGGAAAUAAUAUUGGACGCUGUAAGGAGAAAACAUCCACUUGAGACCUCCUCUCACUAAAACUGUCUACCACAGCUUUUCCAGCCCGAAGAUUUAAAAAAAAAAAAAAAAAACUCAUCUUCGAUUGUUCAAAUGUCUCGUGAGUGGCUUCUGCUUUAGUAAAAGUGACAACAGUGUAUCUGGCUACAAGCGGACAAGCAAGGAAAUCAACGUCAACCUGUGAACCCACGCAACAUGUCUAGAAUGCCACAACGGAAGCAGCUAAAGACUGAAAUGCAUAUUCUGUCAUCUUUUAUUGAUGCUGGCAGUUAAAAACUAGUAGAUACAUCGGUUCAAUUAAAGAAUCCAUACCUGUCCAGCUGCCUUCACCAGAUUAAAUGAAGUUCUUUCAAAUCGAUACCAUGGCAGCAUCUUCGUCUUCUUCGUCAGCAGGCGGUAUCAGUGGUAGUUCUGUGACAAUGUCUGGGUUCAGUGUCUCGGACCUUGCUCCACCACGGAAAGCACUCUUUACAUAUCCAAAAGGAGCUGGGGAACUUUUGGAAGAUGGCUCUGAAAGAUUUCUUUGUGAAUCUGUAUUCAGCUAUCAAGUUGCAUCUACACUAAAACAAGUUAAACAUGAUCAGCAAGUUGCUCGAAUAGAAAAACUAGCUGGUUUAGUUGAAGAACUUGAAGCAGAUGAGUGGCGAUACACAAUUGAACAGUUGCUUGGAUUUACACCAUCAUCUGGGUAGACUAUCACAAUUGUCAAAGGAAAAAAAAUGUUUUGGACUCUUGUAUGUUGAAACAGUAUUAUGUAAUUCAGUUUUGUGAGUUUAUCUUAAUUUUCUAUAUAUGUUUUUGUUGGAGUUGCAUUUUGUGCAGCUUUGUGUUUUUAAUAGUGCAGUUAUGUCAGAAGCAGCAGUUAAAUGAUGGAGUGCAAUAAAGGAUAUUCAUCAAUUUGGCGAUUCCAGAUGCACACUGGCAUUCAGAUUAAAGAAUAGUUUUUUUUUUUUUUUUUUUUUUUUUUGUAAGUGUUCUGGUAGACACGCUUCUGAAGAAGUAUACUUUUGGCUGACAUCCAUUAGAAUUAGUAACUGUAAAAUAUGAAGAUUGUCAGAUAUUUCCUGAUGUUGAGUUUGAUCAUAGAGCUUUUAUCAAGUUUCGUUCUUGGAUGAUGAAACCUAGUGUGAUACACCAACCAAAUUAACAUUUAAUGUCAAAGAAAUGGCAGCAUGCUGGGUUUCGUAAUCAUUGCUACAGAUAUGUACAAGGGAUGGAAGCCGAGGAAGAAAAAAUGGCUUUGGCAUUUUGUUAGUUUUUUCUCAACAAGCUAAGCAAUUCAAAUAAAGGGAGUGGUCUUUUGAAUAUGCAGAGCUUCUACUUCCAUUGUUAAAUUCAUUGAUUUGAACACGUCUUAACUGCAGAGCUUUCAUUUUCCAGCUAGUUGUGUAAGUUAUGGUUAUAGGAAUUUUGCACAAGAGUAAUAAAACUUUGUUCACUAAACUGAAAGAAAUCGGAUUGGAAUGCUACAGUGAUAAAUUAAAGUUAUGGGAUAUGAUCCAUCGAACAUGGGGUGGGUUAUAAAUUUUGUACAGCUGCUGAGUUUCAAAAAAUAUUCUUAACUGUCUUUGUCUUGCUAAUGUCUAAUGAAUAAUGCAUGCUAUUUUGAAAUUGUGAGAAACAAGAAAAUCAGGAAAGAAAAGUACUGCUGGCUUUGUUUUGAUGCCAGUUUGCCUGACAUACUGGGGUGGUCUCAGCUGUUCUUCUGAAAUACUUAAAAAAAAAAUUCCAAGGUUCUGUACCUUUCAUGAUGGGAAGAAAUGUCUCUUUUGUGAGAUCUCUUGCAUUGUAACCAGAUGAUCUUCUGGAAGGAUCACUGUUUCAGUUAGUCUUAACAUUUGUGUUUACCUUUUGGCUAGUAAAUAUACAUACACAAGUGGUUCAAAAUUCAUACAUAACUCAAACACUAACAUUCAGUCUCGGUUCUCUCCAAGUGCUGUUGGUCGCAGUAUCAGGCAGUAUUUUUACUUCAUAGUUAACUUGCACUUACAUUGUUUAUAUUUCUACAGAAAAUAAAUAAGACAAUAGUUAUCUUGAGUUAUUAUGAAGUUAGGAUCUGUUUUUGCCUGCUGUAUAAAUAAAAAAGUGUACUUGUAGACUGCA